AUGAAACAUGUUUGUCAGAAAAAUUUGACUCGGCUGUCAGAAGCGAAAAUUUUCGAAAAUUCUUUGAUUGCUUUAAAGUUAUUCUCAGAUGAUCUACAACUUUAUACUAUAUUAGCAAUGAACAGAAUUCCAAGUUUGUCAUUAGUACAGCUUAGAUAUAUUAGAUCAUUAUCAUCUUCUUCAUUGUCAUCUAUACCAUCAUUCAACCCUUAUAGUUAUUAUCAUUUUUCAAGCACAUCUCAAGCACUUUUAUAUAGUACCUCUAAAUCAGACAACAGAGAUAAUAAAAAUAAUACACAUUAUAAUAAUAAUAAUAAUAGUGUUGAUGAAGUAAUAAUAGAUAAUAAUAACAACAAUGAUAAUAGUAAUAUAGAUAAUAAUAAUAAUAAUGAAAGAAUAACUCAUAGAAUAACAUUAAAGAAAAAUAUAAAUAGUAGUAGUAGUAACAACAAUAAUAGUGAUGAUAGUAGUAAUAAUAAUAGUAUAAAUGAAUUGUUAUUUCAAACUGUUAAAUAUGAAUUUGAUCAAGAUAAGAUCGAUGAAAUGAAUAAUGAGCUGUCGGAUAUCGAUAAGCAGUUGGAGACUCUGAUGUUGGUCGAUCAGAGUAAUAAGCGUUUCGAUCGUAUCUUGAUGAAGAGACUGUUGCGGCGAAAGAAUCAACUCUUAGAGAAACUGCAUACACCUAAACCACCAUCACCUUCAACCAAUAAGCUAGCAGCCAUUCAAAUGCGACAGGAUAUGUUCAUGUCGAUGCUACCUAUAACUCUGACUGCACCGCAAGACAAAGAGAUCGAUCAACUAUUUCUAAAGUUUAAAUAUUCACCUAAAUUAGCAUUACAACAAUUGAAAUCAUUACUUGUAGGUACAUAUAGAGUAAUGAUGCAACCUGAACAAGUAGAGGAUUUCCUGGAUAGAAUGGCAAGAUCAAUAUACAAGAGUACUGAAGUGCUGAAUUUAUUGCUUCAAUACUAUACAAAGAAUGAUAGAUUGGCCAAGAUUGUACGUGUAAUCGAUUGCUAUGACUCACAGAACGAAAUGAACACUGCAACAUUCGAGAUAUUAUACGAAUAUGCAGAGAACAGAGAGUUUCUAGUAUUGAAUAGUUAUCAAAGAUUAGAUGUAAUACAAUAUAUAUUGGAGCGUGUAGUUACAUCAAAUUCAACAACAAAUGAUAUAGUAGAAGAAGAAGAAAAAGAUAAUAAUAAUAGUUGUAAAAGUAAUAAUAAUAAGGAUUUAAUUCUAUUAAAUUGGAAUCUUAAUGAUCAACCAUUGAAAUCACCACUUGGACAAUUGAUAGUAUAUAAUGAACAAACAGCUGAACCUAUCGAUGUCGACGACACUGCAGCGUAUAACACUGGCGGUCAGAGCAAUGAAGAAGAUCAACGAGAGACAAGACACCGUUUUGAAGCGUGCUUUGUCGCAGUCAAACACAGUGGAGGUUCGCAAAGUGCUGCUGGAAUUCUUCUUUAA